AUGGCCUCGUCCUCCUUCAGAGACAACAUGAACAGCUUGGGAUGGUCGAGAAGGGAACAACCAGCGACGAGCACAAGCAAGCCCAGUGGGGUCUAUGGCACACUGCAGAAGCUCAACCCGUUCAACAGUGAAGGCUAUGUUCGGCUGCCCAUACACGAGAACGAGGAAGGGCCUGGCGCGCCGCUACCGGCUCGGUCACGGAGGGAGGAGGAAGAGGGGUGGUUUGCGCUGGGUCGGUGGGAUCGCCUGCUCAUCUUCGGCGGCCUCAACCUCGCGGCUGUCGCGCUCUUCGUGAUUUGCUUUACCCUGUUCCCCGUGCUGAGUCUGCGGCCGACAAAGUUUGCGAUAUUAUGGACCAUGGCUUCGAUAAUGUUCUUGGGGUCGUGGGCGGUGCUGAUGGGGCCGAUGGUUUAUGUCCGUCACCUCGUCUCCCAAGAACGCCUCCCCUUCACCGCAACAUACUUUGGCAGUAUAGCUCUCACGCUAUGGUUCGCCCUCGGUUUGAGAAGCACCAUACUUACGUUACUGUCCUCGAUCGUGCAGCUCGUCGCGCUGGCAUGGUAUCUGAUCAGCUAUUUCCCCAUGGGCUCGACGGGUUUGCGGUUCGCGGCGCGGUUUGGGGGGGAUCGGGUUAUGGGGUGGAUGAAUGGGUAG